UGGUGGUGAGUCUGACAUGGGACAUGGGACAUGGGAAAGGGGGAAAUCUUCCAAGUGGCUUACGGAGCCAAAUUUCGACGCGGAACGUCCACAGUUUUCCUCGGGCAAAAACAUUCGUCGGUUCCAUCCCGCACGGCGUCACCCACGUUCGCGUCCCCACCCGUGACCUCAGGCGCGGAACGACCUUCCAAUCAAUCAGCGCGUACAAGCCACGCACCCAUUUCCUCGCCUUUCCUUUAAAUCCACACCCAAACCAACCAUUCCAAUCCCAGAGCCAUCAGCGGUUCAGCACCAUGAGACCAUCCGUCCUCCUCCGCACCAUCUGCCUUCUCCCUCUCCUCCUCGCCUUCUUCGCCGGCGGCGUCGCCGCGGCGAGGGCUCCGGCAAGUUCUCGUGGGCCUCUGGUCGGCGGGUGGACGCCGAUCGCGAACGUGAACGACGUGCACGUCCAGGAGCUGGCGGCGUUCGCGGUGUCGGAGCACAACAAGACGCAGAACGACGGGUCCCGGCUGACGCUGGUCCGAGUGUUGAAAGCGGAGCGGCAGGUGGUGGCCGGGACCAACUACCGACUGGAUCUGAGCGUGAAGGAUGCGAACGGCGCCGCGGCCUCGUACCAGGCCGUGGUCUGGGAGAAGCCCUGGCAGAACUUCCGCCAGCUCACCUCCUUCGUCCGACUUUCCAAGACCUAACGAAGUAAUUUCUCGGCGUCGAAUCACCAGUCGAGUAGAUCAGGCUCCUGCGUGUGACAAAUAAGGGCAUCAAUAAUGUACCUGUGGACUGUGGUGACGAUAUAUGUCAUAAUGUUUACUUUUUGUUAGAAUUAUUUUGCACGAUGUGUUUAGGGUGUGUGACGUUUGUGAAUGGCAACGCCUCUCUACUGCAAUUGAAGUGUCUCAGCUCCGCUUGCUGAUAAUAAAGAACUUAGAAAUUGUUAUCA